CUAGCUUAGCAGAGAGAGGGCGAGGGAUUCAGUUGUUGAACUCCAGACGAAGAUCAGGGCCUUUUCUGUUUCUCGUCCUCGAGCUUCUGUUCUUUGACAAUGGCGACUGGUAAAACUGUGAAAGACGUCUCACCUCACGAUUUCGUGAAGGCCUAUGCUUCUCACCUCAAGCGAUCUGGCAAAAUUGAGCUCCCUCCAUGGACAGAUAUUGUGAAGACCGGCACUUUAAAGGAGCUUGCCCCUUAUGACCCUGAUUGGUACUACAUCCGAGCCGCAUCAAUGGCAAGGAAGAUCUACCUUAGGGGAGGUCUUGGUGUGGGUGCUUUCCAAAGAAUUUACGGAGGGAGCAAGAGGAACGGAAGCCGUCCACCGCACUUUGGCAAGAGCAGCGGUGCCAUAGCCCGACACAUUCUUCAGCAGUUGCAGAACAUGAACAUUGUUGAGCUUGACACCAAAGGUGGAAGGAGAAUCACUUCAAGCGGUCAACGGGAUUUGGACCAGGUUGCUGGUCGCAUUGCCGUUGCACCUUGAUAUGGUCUGAACGACUGUAGGACUAUCAUCACAUAUGCACUCAGAAAGAAAGUUCAGGAUUUUUUGGGUUUUGGGGGGGUGUUUUUAAGAGUUUCACUGUCUUAUGUUGUUGUUCUUCACGAACCCUUUUGGCAUUUAAGAUGAUCGAAGUUUUGGCAUCAACAGAGAUCUGGCUGUAGGAACUAUGAGAUAAUCUUAGUUGUAGUGGCUAUGGCCGAAGGGAAAUUUGCCAAGUUUUCCCAA